AUGGCAGACCCAUUAUCACCCGUUGCAAGUGUGAUCGCGAUUGCCACCGCAGCUUCCCAGAUAUGCAAAGCGAUUUCCCGUUUGCGAGCCUUUGGUCAAGUGCCUUACCGAGUCUAUGUUCUCAGAAAUGAGGUAACCGACCUCGAAGUUGUGCUUCGCCAGGUCGCACAAGCAAUAGAACAAAAUUCUUCAACGCCAGGCCUAAAAGAAACCUCGUUGAAACCAAUACUGGCACGGACCAAAGACAUUCUUCUCAAGCUUGCUACAUCGCUUGAACAUGUUUCGAAGGCCUGCAAUGGUGGCAAGUUUAUCAAUCGAGCUAACAUCUUCCUGAAAGAAACGGAGCUUUUUCAAGGUUUUCAAGAUGACAUUCGCACAAUGAAAUCUAAUCUGACUCUAAUUCUUGGCACUUCAAACUCGUAA